CAACCCGAACGUUUCCCAAUCAACUCGAUGCUCCGGUGUAUGUCAGAUCGACCCUGUCCACAGCCCCGCUAGGCCAUCACGACCGGGGGCCCUUGCGGGUGGUCUCUUGGGUCUUUUGGGACUCUUGGGCCAGUCUUUUCGUCGUCACCGGUUUCGGUCGUGAGUGUCGUGGCCAUGGUAAUGGAAAGUCUCGCCCGCCUACUCGGUCCUUUGGCGUCUGGAUGCGUGGUGCAUGGUGCGUGGUAUUGUCCGGCGCUGGACCUACAGGCUCUUGCAUCGCUCGCCCUUGUCCCCAUGGACCUCUCUUAUUCCUUGCUCUGGGACCACCUUCUGCUUCGUGCUGCUGCCUUCUUUUGGAUGUCGUACGUGCUGGUCCCAGUCAGUCCCAGUCCCAGAACCACACCCCUGGCGAUACUUGCUGCAUGUGCUCCGGCUGCAUUGCUGCUCUUGCUUGGGAUAGCUCUGCUUGGGGUAUCCACCGCCGAGCACAUAAUGACAUUUAGAUUCGUUGUUACCCUCGCACUUCGCACCAGGCCGCUUGCCCUUGCGAUAUUCCAAUCUCACUGUCAGCGAUUGUCUCCGCCGUGGUGCUUUGUCCGUGCCAAGCUUACCAUCACCGCCAGUCCCUGCCUGGUCUUGUUCGCUGUCACAACAUUGACAUCGGGGCUUUAGUUGACGAGAUUGGCACUGCAUACUACGUACGCCUCGCCCCACGUUCUGCCUCCGCAUCAGCUACUGUACCCUGCCCCCCGGCCUCUCAGGUGGCUUGUGAGCAAAGGAGAAAAUAACAACCAAUUGGGGAAUUGUGAGGCCAGUGGUGCGAGGCCUUCCCGUCGUCGGUAGUUCGUAGGGCUACCUUGCUCAGCCACCCGGCUCCCGCUCUC